AAUUGCUAUCUUUAAUUUCUAUACAGCCCAUGGUACUACACAAAUGAGCCAAUUCACAAUUUAGGACUUUCAUCGAACACCUAGCCUGCUUCACCUUCGUUCUCAUUACAAAAGCCGGCUUCCAGUACACGUGGCCAAAGGCCCAAGACCUCUAACCCCACGUGUCAUCGACCAAGCUUUUUCACACGCCACCACCAUAGCUUUCUGGUUUUCUGCUUCUCCUAAGCAAGUCUCACUUUGCCAAACCCAAAAAUUGUCAUAUUGCGGAAAACGGUAAAAUCAACAAUGCAGAGUUUCAAACUCUCCCUCCGGUUCCCAAAACCCAUUCUCUCCGGUUACAGUUACAGAACCCUGCACCAAAAAUCCGAGCUCGAGAAAAUUGGACCGGUUUCCUCGCUCCUCAAAUCCCGGUCCGUUAUCCGGUUCCGAGGAACAGACACUGUGAAGUUCCUCCAGGGUUUGUUGACCAACGAUGUACGGCGGUUCAAUGAACCCGUGGGUGAGAAGACAUCGACUUUGGUAACACCAAAUUUGGCCACAGUCUCCGUUCCUCCUAUGUACGCUGCCAUGUUGACGCCUCAGGGAAGGUUUUUGUACGACAUGUUCUUGUAUAGGCCAGCAAGGCCCGAGGAGAAGCUUGACGGAACUGGGUCCGGACCCGGUUCUAAAUCGGAUGAAUCCUUUGAUAUCUUUGCGGACGUGGAUUCUUCCGUCUUGGAUGAGCUCCUACAAACCUUCAAGAAAUAUCGCUUGAGGUCUAAGGUUGAUAUUGAAAACAUGCAAGAAGACUUCUCUUGUUGGCAGCGUUAUGGGGGAAACCUUUAUAAACAGGAUUCAUCUACAGAAGAGCCAGAGGCCGCUAGCGUUGGCUGGGGUGCUGGUGUUGACCGUGCAAGCAUUUCGUCUUCACGUGGGGUUAAUCUUGGAUGGCAGUGGUUUAAGGAUCCUAGAUUGGAUUGCCUUGGUUACAGGGGGAUCUUCCCGUCUAAUACAACACCUCCAUUGAUUGAGGCUGACAAAGAAACAGACGAACAGAAUUACCGUUUAUGGAGAAUAGAGAAUGGUGUUGCAGAAGGUUCAUCUGAGAUCCCAAAAGGUGAGGCAAUUCCUCUUGAAUACAACCUGGUGGCUCUAAAUGCAAUAAGCUUUGACAAAGGUUGUUAUGUGGGCCAAGAGCUUGUAGCUCGCACGCACCAUCGAGGGGUCAUUCGCAAACGCUUGCUACCUUUGAGAUUUGUUAAUGAUAAUGGAGAAGAAGUGGAGCAGGAAGUUUCUCCUGGUUCAGAAGUUGUUGAUUCGUCAUUUGGCAAGAAAGUUGGUACUGUCACAACUCAACUGGGGUGUCGUGGGUUGGGUGUCCUGCGUUUGGACGAAGCCUUCAAACGAUCAAGUGCAUUAACCGUACAAGGGCUGGAAAAUGUGAAGGUUGAAGCUACUAGACCAGAUUGGUGGCCUGCUGAAUGGUUUCAAGAACAUUGAGAGUAUAGUGCAAUUGAUUAAAUUGUUAAAGUGUUUCUGUUUGUUCUUGACUCCGUUUGUUUUGUACGUCUUUGCUUCUCUGCUGACAUUGAAUGUACUCCACAUUUCAAAUCGCUGGUACUCCUACCAAUUUAUUUUUGCUUUGAAAGGAGAUGAAGGGGGCUGCAGUAUUGAGAAGGCAUGUGGAGGUCUAUGCUAAUAGUGCAGCUGAUACAACUAAGUAUUGUAACCACUCAAAGUUUUAUCAAAGUCAACUAUACCAGCAGUAUUCUGCUGUACAAAUGGAAUGUUUAUAAACAAAUCAGUUGCAAGAAGCCUACAACUUUGUACCGCUUAUACACUUAUGAUAAACUUGAUGGCAGUUCUCUA